AUGAAUAAAGAAGUAUAGGAUCUAUAAGAAGCAUUAGAAUAUUAAGUAAAUGUUAUAUUAAGACUUGAAGACGAACAAUUACUACUAUAAAAAGAGAAUAAUUUAUAAAAGUAUAUUACAUAUUUAAAUCCGUAGGGAAAAGUUAAAAGAAUUGAAUUCUAUGUUGUAAAAGUAUAUUGGAUAAUAAUUAUUUGUAUUGAAAAACACACCUAAAUAGAAUUAUAUUUUAAAUAGAAUUUUGAAGUUUAAACAUAAGAGAAUGAAAUCAUUUCUGAUUAUUCAUUAUGUAAUUCCAUUGUCUCUGUAAUCAAUUAACCAUCCUUUAUUUAACAACAGGAUUAAUCCAAUUCUUCCAAAAUGUUAGAUUAAGCAAAAUCUUUAGUAAAAUAGUCUUCUUAAAGAAUCCCUAUAAAAAAAUUAAAAUUUUUUGGAGAUAAUUAUAAAGAAAAUAAGGAUAAAGACAAUCAAGAAAAAAAAGAAAUAAAGCCAAAAAAUACAAAAAAAUUAGAUUCACAAUAUGAAACAUUAACUAAAGAUAUUGUUAAUUUAACUAAAUAAUUACAAUAAUUAAAAGUAAUUAUUAAUUCUAUAUCAUUUAUAAUAAAGAAGUUGA